AUGGAGAGCCCUGGCCCAGGAGAAGCCUCUGGCCUGCGAGCCCAGCCAGCCCCUCGCCUUUAUGGAACAGCCCCCUCCGAGGCCAGCCCGGAGCCGCAGGAGCCCGGGGGUGCCCGGAGUGUCCCCCGAUGCAGGGCUUAUGGGGCUGUCGCUGUACUCUGUUAUAUCAACCUGCUCAACUACAUGCACUGGUUCAUCAUCCCAGGGGUGCUCCUGGACAUUCAGAAGCAUUUUGGCCUCAAUGACUUGGAAGCUGGCUUACUGCAGACAGUGUUCAUUUCGGGCCUGCUGCUGGCCGCUCCCUUGUUCGGCUACCUCGGGGACCGCUACAGCCGGAAGGUCACUCUGAGCGUCGGGGUCAUCCUUUGGUCCAGCGGGAGCCUCAGCGGCUCCUUCCUCCCCGGCCGGGAUUCCUGGCUGUUCUUCCUUUCAAGGGGAGUUGUGGGCGUUGGGGUGGCCAGUUAUUCCACCAUUGCCCCCACCAUCAUCGGGGACCUCUUUGUGAAGGACCAGAGGACCCGGAUGCUGUCUCUGUUCUAUAUCUUCAUCCCGGUUGGAAGUGGCCUGGGUUAUGUCCUCGGAUCUGCUGUGACUAAAGCCACGGGGGACUGGCACUGGGCUUUCAGGAUCAUGCCCUGCCUGGAAGCUGUGGCUUUGGUCCUACUGGUCCUGCUGGUCCCAGACCCACCCCUGGGAGGCGCGGAAGAGCAGAGCGAAGCUGGUGGCCCCAGGACAAGCUGGUGUGAGGACGUCAGAUAUUUGGGGAAAAACUGGAGUUUCGUGUGGUCGACUCUGGGAGUCACAGCCAUGGCCUUCGUGAUGGGAGCCCUGGGCUUUUGGGUCCCGAAAUUCCUGUACUACACCCGAGUGCUUCAUGGCCUGCAGCCUUCCUGUGAUUCCCCUGACAGCCUGAUUUUUGGGGCACUGACCGUCGUGACAGGGAUCGUUGGGGUCCUCGUAGGUGCAGAGAUAGCAAGAAGGUACAAGAAGCUCACCCCGACGGCCGAGCCACUGGUCUGUGCUGGGAGCAUGCUGGCUGCUGCCCCCUGCCUCUACCUGGCCAUCAUCCUUGCCCAGAGGACCAUCCUGGCUGCUUAUGUUUUUCUCACUCUUGGAGAGGUCCUUCUCUCUUUCAACUGGGCCAUUGUCACUGACAUCCUGCUGUCUGUGGUUAUGCCUAGCCGACGAGGAACUGCAGAAGCAUUGCAGAUCACUGUGGGCCACAUCUUGGGAGAUGCUGGCAGCCCCUACCUCAUUGGACAAGUGUCCAGUGUCCUCCAGGCAGCCCAUGGUGACUCCUCCUUGUGGCUUUUCCGAAGUCUGCAAUACAGCUUCUUCAUCUGCAUCUUUGUUGAUGUGCUGGGGGGUGCCUGCUUCCUGAUGACUGCCCUCCACAUGGAACGUGGCCUGCCUCCAGCCCCAGCCAUCGAAGAGUCCUGGGAGCACAGAGGAUAA